CUUCAUCUUACCAUAAUUGGAUUUUACCAUCUCCAGUGCGCGUUUGAAAAGAUAGCCGAAAUCUUUCCUAUUAUCCUUGCCUGCGAACGUAAGAAGCAGAGUGCCGCAUCGAGUCCAAAAAAUGGCCAAUAUUGAUAGGAAAACGUACAUGACAAUGGCAAUUUCAGAGUCUAGCGGAACAAAGCAAGACAGCGAAUCCCAAAACCCAGACAAACAUAACCAAAGCCGACUCAGGAAAGCCGCCAACGGUGUCCGCCUCUUCACAAUGGUGACGGGCUUCUUCGUGUCCCAGAGCAUCCGCCUGCUGCGCUUGCGUAUCGCGUCGAUCUACCACCGCUCCACCUACAAGCCUGUGGAUACACCCAAGAACAUAGUCGUUAUCGGUGCCUCUUUCGCAGGCGUCCACGUUGCAAAGUGGUUGGCUGACGCAGUGCCGACUGGGUACCGGGUCAUCUUGGUAGAAAAGAACAGCCACUUCAAUUUUUUGUUCGCUUUCCCACGGUACUCUGUCCUGCCGGGGUAUGAGAAGGGCGCCUUCAUCCCGUAUCAUGGGAUACUAGGCAGCGCGACACGACGGGGUUCGUUAUUGCGCGUCCAAGCUGAGGCGUCGCGAGUGACCGCCAACCAGGUCCUGUUGGCUAAUGGAGAGACAAUUACAUACGAGUAUCUUGUCGUUGCUACGGGCUCCCGGCAGGACCCUCCAGCGAAGAUGGUAUCGUUGGAUCGUGAAGGUGCUUGUGAAGAGCUGCGGAGCGUGCAGAGUAGCAUUGCUCAGGCACGGCGACUUGCUGUUCUAGGAAGCGGCGCCGUUGGCGUUGAAAUCGCUGCGGAUAUCAAGACGUACUUCCCUGGAAAAGACGUCCAGCUUUUUACCUCUCGGGACGUUAUCAUGCCGAGUUUUGGAGCCAAGAUCCAGAACCACGUUGCCGGCAUCUUGGAGAAGCUCGGUGUAGUUGUGAGAUACAAUGCUCGACCGCAAGCUCUUCCAGAUCAGAAGACCAUCAAAUUCCAAGACGGAUCUACAGAGGAGUAUGAUGUAGUGUUACCCUGUACCGGCCAAACGCCGAAUUCCGCAAUCCUGAGCACGCUCCUGCCCGAAGCAAUCUCAAAACAGACCGGUCGCAUCCUGGUGAAGCCGACAUUCCAGCUACAGCUAGCAGACGAUCUAGCAUCGCCGAAUAUCUUCGCCCUUGGCGAUGUAGCUGAACACGGAGGCCCGCGUAUGGCCCGGGCAGUUUACAUGCAGGCCAGCAUCGUGAGAGAUAAUGUGCUUGAACUGAUACGCGGGAGAAGGCCCUCACAUCGAUAUCUACCACAACUCUGGAUUGAGGGCGCCAUUCAGCUCACGAUUGGCAAGGACCAUUCGGUGUCGUAUGUCCCGGGAGAUGAUGGUAAUGACAUGCUUUUCACUGGAGCUGGAUACCCCGAUGAUUUCAACAUUGCAAAAGGGUGGAAACUUAUCGGUGCCAAGUAUCCGGGACCAGAGGGCUACUAA